AUGUUUAAAUCGGUGGGUAUACAUGCAUACAUAUGCUUAUGUACGCUUUAUGUUGGCAAUAACUAUUUUAAUGUGCUUGUCCAUUUAAUCGUUCAGCAGUUGGUUCUUGGUUUGGCACUGCUUUUCUGCGCGCAUAAUGCAUUCGCAGGAUUUCUCGGUGGCGGUUAUGGCUUAGGCCAUGACUACGGACACUAUGGACUGGGGCAUGGAUAUUACGGCGGCUAUGGCUAUGGUGGCUAUGGCCAUUAUGAUCAUGGGUAUGCAGCGCCUAUCAUUACCAAGACGAUCGCAGCAGCACCAGUGAUUACGAAAAUUCAAGCCGCACCUAUCAUCACGAAAACCAUAGCGGCGCCAAUUGUGACAAAGACCAUCGCCGCGCCUAUAUCGCUCGGGCAUGGCUACGGCUAUGGACAUGGCUUGUACGGAGGCCAUGGCUACUACGGAGGGCAUGGUUUGUAUGGAGGGCAUGGUUACUAUGGAGGACAUGGCUAUGGCUAUGGACAUGGCUGGUAG